GGAUUUGUUCAAAAACAAACAAUCCUUUUGUAUUUUGAAUUAUUUUAAGAAAAAACAGAACCAUCAAUUUUUCCGUUUACGAACAUCGAGCAGAGAGAGAUAGACGACACAGACUCCUUCGUCAACCCUUUCUCUCCCGGCCUCUGAUUUUAUUUAUUUAUCCUAAUUUUUUUUUGUAAAUUUAAUUUCAUUAUUAUUCCCCCGAUUUCUUGUCGGAAAACCGCUUUCGCGUAAUAACCUCCGACACAAACACCAGCUCGUGACAUCUUCUUUCAAAAUUCAUUGUCGUUUUCUUUUCUUGAGUUGUCUCUGUCUCUGAAUUUUCAUUUUUAUUUUUUCUCUUGUUCAAAGCGGGCUACCGUGCGCCGCGGUGCGUAGUUUAAUUAGUUUUUUUUUUCUCAAAAUCGAGGAGCGCGUAGCCUACACGCGGAUUUGAUAUUUUUGAUUUGAUGGUUAUGAUGAUAUUGACGAAGAAGAUGGCGAGUGAUUGGGGAACAUGGGAGGAGCUUCUCCUCGGCGGCGCAGUGCUACGUCACGGAACCGACGACUGGACCGUCGUCUCCGAAGAACUCCGUUCUCAUUCUAUGUCGGGGAUUUUCACACCUGAGAUAUGCAAGGCUAAGUACAAGGACUUGCGUGAACGUUAUUUGGGAUGCAAAUCAUGGUAUGAAGAGGUUAAGAAGAAACGAGUAGCUGAGCUUAAGGCAGCUUUACUUCAGUCCCAAGACUCCAUUGGGUCGUUGGAAUCAAAGCUCCAGAGUCUGAAAUCAGAAAGCAAUGUUGUUGAUGAAAACAAUGAUUAUUAUGAUUCAAGCCGAACAUUAUCCCUCGAACCCUCCCCCAAGUCUGAAGGCGGAGGUGAAUGCACCAGCAAAGACUUGUCAUCAGUUGGUAGUUUCACACAGCAAGAUCUCACCACGACCAACUGGUCAGAAGCAGCAGUAAAAGAGCAAGAAGACAAGAAGAGUAAUAAUAAUCUGUUACUACAUGCCGACAUUUUUGAGUCCAUGUACGGAGGAGGAGGACAAGUGCUUCCGAGUAUGAGGAAGAAACGAGGCAAAAGAAAACGAAAAGUUUGCAGCGCCAGUAAAGAUGUUGAAAACAAUCUGCUGGAUUCAUCUAACGUGGACAUUGCUAGCAAUUCUAGUACGAGUAUAGAAGCUGUUUCUACUAGCCGAGGCCAUGGUUUGGCUUUACCAGAAGAGCUUAUGAAGAUAUACAACACUAUCUCACACAACGAAUGUGCUCUUGUCUUCCGGAGACGGCUUGAUAGUCAGAAAAGGGCAAGGUACAAGAAACUGGUCAGGAGGCAUAUGGACUUAGACACUAUAAAAUCAAGAAUCAACGGUCGUUCGAUAUCUUCAGCUAAAGAGCUUUUCAUGGACUUUCUUCUGGUGGCUAACAAUGCAGCCAUUUUUUACUCUAAGAACACUCGUGAGCACAAAUCCGCUGUCUCCCUCAGAGACAUUGCCACCAAGUCUCUACGACACUAUUUGACACAAGACCAUCAUCCUCCUCCUAACAUUACUACAAGCACCAAGGUUUCGGUUCCCGCUUUGACAUCUAAAUCUCCUUCUGUCCGAACCAGCGUGGGAGUUAAAAAACCAAGAAAUGGGGCACACCCUCUUAAAAAGGUUGAGCAGGAUUUGGUGAAGACGACUUCAAGUGGUGGUAAAAAAAGGCUUGUACCAGAUUCACCACCAGUUGCUGCUGUGAAAUCCUCAGCGGCGGGUAAGAAAGUUACGGCGGUAGAGAGGAGAAGAAGAGAUGGUAAUAAACAAGUGAGCCGUGGACUUGAUUCUCCUGCAUUGACAGGGAGAAAGCGGAGUAGGGUGAGAUGAUUUUGUUUCGUUUUGAAGUGUUUGUUUCUUCGUAUGUUGUUGGUAGUUAGGCAGAAGAAAGCCUUUAUUUUUAUCUUUGUAGUUUUUAUAUGUGGGUCAGUUUGAUCUGCAGACAGAUAUAUACCCUCUGAUCACUGGUGAAACUAAUAACACCACCUAACUGUUUAUAUAAAAUGUUACAUCU